UCGCAGGCGAGCGCGGACUCCUUCUCUCGUGGCCUCGCCUCGUCGCGCCCGGCCUGCCCGCCUCCGGAGCCGCCUCUGCCCACGGAUGGGCUGGGGAAGUUGGGAGGAGCGAGCCGGAGCCCGCGCCGGGCGCGCCCCGCCGCUGCCUGACUCGGCGCCCGCAGUUCGGGCGCAGCGCGCCGGCCGCAGGAGCGCGGAUGCCCCCCGGAGCCGCGGGCUGGCAGGUCUUGGGUCCUGAGGCUGCCGGCGGACUAUGGGUACAACAGCCAGCACAGCCCAGCAGACGGUCUCAGCGGGUGCCCCCUUCGAGGGCUUCCAGGGCAGUGGCACGAUGGACGGGCGGCACUCACUCAGUGUCCACUCCUUCCAGACCAUGAGCUUGCACAACAGUAAGGCCAAGUCCAUCAUCCCCAACAAGGUGGCCCCCGUCGUGAUCACGUACAACUGCAGGGAGGAGUUCCAAAUCCACGACGAGCCGCUCAAGGCCCAUUACACCCUGGGCCGGCUCUCGGACACCACCCCCGAGCACUACCUGGUGCAGGGCCGCUAUUUCCUGGUGCAGGAUGUUGCUGAGAAGAUGGAUGUGCUGGGCACCGUGCGGAGCUGUGGGGCCCCCAACUUCCGGCAGGUGCGGGGUGGACUCACUGUGUUCGGCAUGGGACAGCCCAGCCUCUCAGGGUUUAGGCGGGUCCUCCAGAAACUCCAGAAGGAUGGACAUAGGGAGUGCGUCAUCUUCUGUGUGCGGGAGGAGCCCGUGCUGUUUCUGCGUGAUGGGGAAGACUUCAUGCCCUACACACCUCGAGAGAAGCAGAACCUUCAGGAGAACCUCCAGGGCCUCGGACCCGGGGUCCAGGCGGAGAGCUUGGAGCUGGCCAUCCGGAAAGAGAUCCGAGACUUUGCCCAACUGAGCGAGAACACGUACCACGUGUACCACAACACCGAGGACCUGCGGGAGGAGCCCCACGCCGUGGCCAUCCGGGGCGAGGACGACGUGCAUGUGACCCAGGAGGUGUACAGGCGGCCCCUUUUCCUGCAGCCCACCUACAGGUACCACCGCCUGCCCCUGCCAGAGCAUGGGGCCCCCCUGGAAGCCCAGUUUGAUGCCUUUGUCAGUGUCCUCCGGGAGACCCCCAGCCUGCUGCUGCUCCGCGAUGCCCAUGGGCCUCCCCCUGCUCUCCUCUUCAGCUGCCAGACGGGCGUGGGCAGGACCAACCUGGGCAUGGUCCUGGGUACCCUCAUCCUGUUUCACCACAGUGGGACUGCCUCAAGGCCGGAGGCUGUCCCCUUGCAGACCAAGCCACUCCCCAUGGAGCAGCUCCAGGUGAUCCAGAGCUUUCUCCACACGGUGCCACAGGGAAGGAGGGUGGUGGAGGAGGUGGACAGGGCCAUCACCGCCUGCGCAGAGUUGCACGACCUGAAGGAAGAAGUCUUGGAAAACCAGAGGAAGCUGGAAGGCAUCCGGCCGGAGAGCCCGGCCCAGGGAAGUGGCAGCCAGCACAGUGUCCGGCAGAGGGCGCUGCAGAGCCUGGAGCGAUAUUUCUACCUGAUCCUGUUUAACUACUAUCUCCAUGAGCAGUACCCGCUGGCCUUUGCCCUCAGUUUCAGCCACUGGCUGUGUGCCCACCCCGAGCUGUACCGCCUGCCCGUGACACUGACCUCAGCGGGGCCUGUGGUCCCCGGGGACCUCAUCACCAAGGGCUCCCUGGGGGCCGAUGAUCUUGUCUCCCCGGAUGCACUCAGCACCGUCAGAGAGAUGGAUGUGGCCAACUUUCGGCGGGUGCCUCGGAUGCCCAUCUAUGGCACGGCCCAGCCCAGCGCCAAGGCCCUGGGGAGUAUCCUGGCCUACCUGACCGACACCAAGAGGAAGCUGCGGCAGGUCGUGUGGGUCAACCUGAGGGAGGAGGCCGUGCUGGAGUGUGACGGCCACACCCACAGCCUGCGGUGGCCUGGGCCCCCCAUGGCCCCUGACCAGCUGGAGAGCCUGGAGACCCAGCUGAAGGCCCACCUGAGCACGCCGCCGCCCACCGUGGAGGGCCCACGGGCCCCCCGGUUCCAGACGUGCCUCACCAUGCAGGAGGUCUUCAGCCAGCACCGCGGGGCCUGCCCCAGCCUCACCUACCACCGCAUACCUGUGCCAGACUUCUGCGCCCCCUGCGAGGAGGAUUUUGACCGGCUGCUGGAGGCCCUGCGGGCUGCCCUCGCCAAGGACGCAGGCACUGGCUUUGUGUUCAGCUGCCUCAGCGGCCAGGGCCGGACCACGACUGCCAUGGUGGUGGCUGUGCUCACCUUCUGGGCCAACCAAGGCUUCCCCGAGGUGGGCGAGGAGGAGCUCGUGAGCGUACCUGAUGCCAAGUUCACCAAGGGCGAGUUUGAGGUGGUGAUGAAGGUAGUGCAGCUGCUGCCUGAUGGGCACCGUGUGAAGAAGGAGGUGGAUGCGGCCCUGGACACGGUCAGUGAGACCAUGACGCCCAUGCACUACCACCUGCGGGAAAUCAUCAUCUGCACCUACCGCCAGGCUAAGGCAGCCAAGUCGGAGCAGGAGGCCCGGAGGCUGCAGCUGCGGAGCCUGCAGUACCUGGAGCGCUACGUCUACCUGGUGCUCUUCAACGCUUACCUCCACCUGGAGAAGGCCGGUUCCUGGCAGCGGCCCUUCAGCGCCUGGAUGCGGGAGGUGGCAUCCAGGGCCGGAGUCUACGAGAUCCUCAACCAGCUGGGCUUCCCAGAGCUCGAGAGCGUGGAGGACCAGCCCUUCUCGAGGCUGCGCUGGCGGUGGCAGGAGCAGAGCCACAGCCUCGAGCCCUCCGCUGCUGGGGACUUCCUGUAGGACGUGCUCCCCCGGCCCCUGCGCCUGCCCCCUCCCGCAGGGCCACACGCAGGCUGGAAGCGUGAGAGGUGCUCUUCACUGGGAGUGGCCCUGAGGCCGUGAUUCCCCAGCUUCCCAGAGAGACUGGGGUGGGGUUGGGACCCGUUUUGAAAGAGUUUUUUAUAGGACAAUUAGCACACAGUUAUACCU